ACGGGCGAGCCUGGAUUGUGACGUCACAGAAGCGCAAUCACCAAUCGCCGCAGACCUUCUCCGCGCCUCAUUUGCGUAUCGCUCUCUAGAUAAGGCAGCGCGGGUUGGCUGGCUCCUCAUUGCUCUGCUUCUCGGUCCAAGAUGCCGGAGCCGUCGAAGUCGGUGCCUGUCCCGAAGAAGGGGUCGAAGAAGGCGGUGACCAAGGUGCAGAAGAAGGAUGGCAAGAAGCGCAAGCGUAGCCGCAAGGAGAGCUACUCGGUGUACGUGUAUAAGGUGCUGAAGCAGGUGCACCCGGACACGGGCAUCUCGUCUAAGGCUAUGGGCAUCAUGAACUCUUUCGUGAACGACAUCUUCGAGCGCAUUGCGGGCGAGGCGUCGCGCCUGGCGCACUACAACAAGCGCUCGACCAUCACGUCGCGGGAGAUCCAGACGGCCGUGCGGCUGCUGCUGCCUGGCGAGCUGGCGAAGCACGCCGUGUCGGAGGGCACCAAGGCCGUCACCAAGUACACCAGCGCCAAGUGAGCCCGCGAGAUAAAGGUAUCUGUAAGAAGCAGACUUUGGGGGGAAAAAGAUGGACGACUCACAAAUAUGCAGUCCAGCCACAGGUGAAAAUGUAUAAAGACGCAAGUUUGGGAAAAGAACCCUGCUCAUUCUAUUCCUUAGACUACACCGCCUAAGUGGAGACUGAUGUAAGAUGCUGACCUCACUGACCCGUGUGUGGCUAGUGGUUUCUCUGGAUGGACUGGGAUUUGAAAUGGACCACGAUGGAGGUAUGAAGUUUUAUCAUGCAGCUCCACAUCCGCGUCUGUUAGGUGUCUGUGGAUACUUUCCUGCUGCAGAUGAUGUGCUGGGCCUUGCCCCUGCCUGGCGUGGUGUGUACGCGAGGGACACUGAUGUGGGUGACCGCUGAGCCCUGGGUGGGGUCCUGGGGUGCAGUAAUCCCAGUGCCUCGGCCUGUACCAGGCUUCAGUACUUCCACAACCACGCUUUUCACCCCCCGGCAAAGGUUUAAAAAGGCCCAGGUUAAUGGACGUGUUUCUCAUGGUCAGCAGGGGAGCACCGAGAGGAAUCAAGCAUCACUUAGGGGAGAUUCAGGCCCCUGAACCCAAGGACCCAGAAGAGGCUGCUCGGUUCCGUCCAGUGAGGCCAGGGCGCACUGCAGGCCCUCGCCCACCUGCUUGCCAGUUGUCCCCAUGACGUUGUCGCCACCUCGUGGGCGUUGCGGGUAAUGCAGCUGAAUUGGUUUCCCUUAGGACUUUAUUUCAUUGCUGGGGUUUAAUGAUUGCAUAUACACGGUUCCCACAGUCGCCAGCUGUCCGCUUUCCCAGUUUACUUGACAGAAACUCCAGUUUGGCUCCUCUGAGCCCUCUCCCUAGCCCCUAACCUGAAGAAACACCGACAGCCACAGCCCAUCCCAGGCGGACCCACAUCCUUCAGGAGCCUGCCUGAGGGGGAUGCUCUGUUUCAGUCAGCAUCUGAAUUUAGGCCCGGCCUCUGCUGAGGGACAGGCAUCUAACUCCGGUAAGGCCAGGUGGGUUUCACGAGGACCAACACUUCUUCCACUUUCACUGUUUGUGAUUUUUCACCGCCCCGACUCUUGCCCCCCGCCCC